CCGAGUUUGGCCUUCUUGGACUUCAACUCCAUAGCUAGAUAGAUCUGGAUAUUCGGAUCCAUCAUGCCUCUGAAACGAGUGUUGGUCAUAGCGGGAUCUGACAGCUCGGGUGGCGCCGGCCUGGAAGCCGAUCAAAGAGUCCUUGCAGCUCACGGUUGCUAUGCCCUCACGGCGACAACGGGCCUGACGGCUCAGAAUACGCUGGGCGUGCAGGACAUCUUCGUCAUCCCGUCUCAGUUCGUCAAGAAACAAAUCAACGCCGCUCUGGAGGAUAUCGGAGCGGAUGCUGUGAAAUUGGGAAUGCUCUCCUCCGCAGAGACCGUUGAGGUCAUUGCAGAAACUCUUGUAGCUUACAAAGUGCCUUAUAUGGUCCUGGAUCCGGUCAUGGUGUCGACCAGCGGGUCACAAUUACUGCCCCAAGAAGCAGUUAAAGUGCUGCGAACAAAAUUGCUUCCCUUAGCAACCGUUGUCACACCAAAUAUCCCCGAGGCAAAACUGUUGCUUAAGGACUCUGGCGUUGAUGUCCAAGACCCCGCCGACCUCGAGGGCAUGGUCGAGCUCGCAAAGAAGAUUCUCCAAUUAGGCCCGAAGGCUGUCCUUCUCAAGGGUGGCCAUCUGCCAUUGACAAAGGACCGCAAGACAGCUCGCAGUCCAGAAGAGGCUUCUAUCGUAAUAGACGUUCUCGUGGAUGGAGACAAGGUCGCCUAUUUCGAAACCGACUUUUUAAUAUCAAGGAAUACACAUGGCACCGGCUGCUCGCUUGCUUCUGCCGUUGCGGCAAACCUUGCUUCCGGUGACGGUAUCGUGAGAGCCGUUCGUGGCGCUGUGCGGUUUGUCGAAGCGGGUAUCAAGACGAGCGUCUCCUUGGGCAAAGGCAGUGGUCCAAUUAAUCAUUUCCAUUCGGUUUAUUCUCUGCCUUUUGCACCUGGCCGCUUCAUAGAGUACUUGCUGGAUCGGCCCGACGUGAAAGGCCCAUGGAAGGAAUUCACGGAACAUGAGUUCGUGGUAGGCUUAGGCAGUGGUACACUUCCUAUUGAGAGGUUCAAACAAUACCUCAUCCAGGACUAUCUCUAUCUGGUUCAUUUUGCCCGAAGCAACGCAUUGGCAGCAUACAAGGGGAAGACCAUGGAAUCUGUUGCUGCGUCAGCAAGAAUCGUCUUACAUAUUGAACGGGAAAUGUCCUUGCAUCUGGACUACUGCGCUGGCUUUGGCAUUAAUAAGGAAGAAAUAUCGAAAGCUCCUGAAGCACAGGCAUGCACUGCGUACAGCAGAUACAUCCUUGACGUUGGCCAAUCGGAUGAUUGGCUUGCUUUGCAAAUAGCUCUUUCGCCUUGUCUUCUUGGAUACGGCGCAAUUGCAAGACGUUUGUAUUUCGAGCCGAGCACAGUCCGGCAUGGCAACAAAUACUGGAAAUGGAUUGAGAACUACGUCGCCGAUGAUUAUGCCGAAGCGGUCAGGGUUGGAACAGAAUUAAUAGAACGCCAUAUCCACCGAACCUCGCCCAGUCGGCUGGAAGAGCUGGUCAAGGUAUUCAUCCGGGCGACGGAGUUGGAGGUUGGUUUCUGGGAUAUGGGACUGGGAGGCAAUCUGAUCUAGGCCUUCAGGAAGAGACUUGGAACACUGUAUAUAAUAGACGCAGUGAACAUGAAGCCCAUACUACAUACUAUAGUAAAACAGCAAGCUGUUAGUACACGUG